AUGGAUGCGGCAGCGCCUAGAGUCCCGGCUCAGGUUGCUGUGGCUGCAGAAUCACUUGCAGACCAUGAAGAGGGCCGAGUGACAUUUGAGGAUGUGGCUGUCUACUUCUCACAGGAGGAGUGGGGACUCCUUGAUAAAGCCCAGAGACUCCUGUACUACAGUGUGAUGCUGGAGAACUUCUCACUGAUGGCCUCUCUGGGACUCACAUCUUCCAGGACCCAGGAAGUUACUCAGCUGGAGCAGUGGGGAGAGCCCUUUGUGCCUGCCUGUGGAGUUGUGAUCACAGCCACACCAAGAGGUUGUUGGUGUGGAGCGGAGGCUGAGGACGUGGCACCUGAGCAGGGUGUUUAUGUAGAGGGAGUGCUCAGAGCAAACCUUCACCAACACCAGAAACUGAGCUCUGGAGAGAAACCCUCAAGAAGAGAAGAGGGUGAGGAGGGUGGGAAGGUCUCUCCAACUAGCUCUGGUCUUUCCAAGCAUCAGGUGGCUCACAGCAGAGGGGAGCCACAUAGGAGCACCGAAAGUGGGGAGGGCUUUCACCCUGGAAAAAGGCAUUACAGAUGCAGCGAGUGUGGGAAAGCCUUUGGUCAGAAAUACUUACUUGUUCAGCACCAGAGACUACACACUGGAGAAAAACCUUAUGAAUGCAGCGAAUGUGGCAAAUUAUUUAGCCAUAAAUCCAACCUUUUUAUACACCAAAUAGUUCACACUGGUGAAAGGCCUUACCAGUGUAGUGAAUGCAGAAAAUCUUUUAGUCGCAAUGCUGACCUCAUUCAACACCGGAGAGUUCACACUGGAGAAAAGCCUUUUAAAUGCAGUGAAUGUGGAAAAGCCUUCAGGCAUAAUUCCACACUUGUUCAGCAUCACAGAAUCCACACUGGAGUGAGGCCUUAUGAGUGCAGUGAAUGUGGGAAGUUCUUUAGCUUUAACUCAAGCCUCAUGAAACAUCAGAGAGUUCACACUGGAGAAAGGCCUUAUAAGUGCAGUGAGUGUGGGAAAUUCUAUAGCCACAAGUCAAGCCUUAUUAAUCACUGGCGAGUUCACACUGGAGAAAGGCCUUAUGAGUGCAGUGAAUGUGGGAAAUUCUUUAGCCAAAGCUCUAGCCUCAUGCAACACCGAAAAAUUCACACUGGAGAAAGGCCUUAUGAGUGCAGUGAAUGUGGGAAAUUCUUUAGCCAAAGCUCUAGCCUCAUGCAACACCGAAAAAUUCACACUGGAGAAAAGCCUUUUAAGUGCAAUGAAUGUGGAAGAUUCUUUAGUGAGAAUUCUAGCCUCGUUAAACACCAGAGGGUUCACACUGGAGCAAGGCCUUAUGAGUGCAAGGAAUGUGGGAAACUGUUCCGUCACAGCUCCAGCCUUGUUAAACAUCGGAGGAUUCACACUGGAGAAAUGCCCUAUGAGUGCAGCAGUUGUGGGAAAUCAUUUAGCCAGCGUUUCAACCUCAUUCAACACCAUAAAGUUCACAGUGGAGAAAAGUCUUGA